CUUGCGCGCUGCGUCCGCCGCCGCCGCCGCGGCUCUCGAGAGGUCGCAGCAGGCGGCGUGCGAAGGGAGAGCUGGCGCCGCCCGCAACUUGGUGGCGGCUGCUGCCCGCUGCCUAUUUUAGUCAAAACCUCCGCCCCGGGGGCUCGCGCGUGCUUCGCCUCGACUCCUUCGGCGAGAGAGGGCGCCCUCGGAGGAGCUGUCGCCGGAGGAGACCCACGGCGGGACGGAGGCGCCUCAGAAGCGAGCGGCAGGUCAUCAGCUAUUUAUAAGGACACUUGUUCUGAAGUAGCAGAAAGCCAGGCAACUUCAAGAUGAAUCCUACAGAAGCAAAUUCAAUUAUGGUGACCCCUUUGAGUUUCAACCCAGAUGUCAACAAUCCCAUCUCUAUGCCUUUGAAUGAAACUCUUUGUGAAAACUGGAGAGAGAUUCAUCAUCUCGUGUUUCAUUUGGCCAAUAUUUGUUUUGCUGUUGGAUUGGUUAUUCCAACCACUUUCCAUCUUCAUAUGAUUGUCCUACGAGCCAUGGUAAUAAUAGGGUGUACACUAUUCAUCAUCUGGGCAACGCUAUUCCGUUGUGCUGUGGAUAUAAUGAUCUGGAACACAACAUUCCUUGUUAUCAACCUUUUGCAUUUUAUAUACUUGCUAUAUAAGAGAAGACCGAUAAAGAUAGAUAAGGAGCUCAACAGUCUGUAUAAGAGAAUGUUUGAACCACUCCAUGUGCCUCCAGAGUUGUUCCAAAGACUGACAGGACAAUUUUGCAACAUUCAGACACUAAAAACAGGUCAAGCGUAUGCUGCAGAGGACAAAACAUCAGUGGACGAUCGAUUAAGCAUCCUGUUAAAAGGAAAAAUGAAGGUCUCCUAUCGAGGGCAUUUUCUGCAUAAUAUUUACCCCUGUGCCUUUAUAGAUUCUCCUGAAUUUCGAUCAACUCAGAUGCAUCGAGGUGAGAAGUUCCAGGUAUGGAACUGUUCUGUUGGGUGUGAUUCCUUUUCAGAUGUUAAUGUUGGAGAAUAUAAUCGUUAUCAUUCUAGAUGCAAAAGACUGGGUCCUAGGAGGAGCUACUACCAUUUGCACAUAUACACUUCUGAGAAUCUGAACGGCCCAUUACUCCUCUUUGAAACAUAUUGUAAGUACCUUAUUGGAAAAGAUAUUACAAACAAGUUGUACUCACUAAAUGAUCCAACACUAAAUGAUAAGACAUCCCAGAAAAUAGAUCGACAGCCCAGUUUGUGCUCACAACUUUCUGUGAUGCAAAUGAGAAACAGCAUGGCUAGUUCAAGUGAUGGCGAAGAUGGCUUGCAACAUUUUCUCCGUGGGACUUCCACUGCCUCAACCCUUCGUCAGCCAUCUCCUUGUCUAAGAACAUCAGCAAAAAUGAAACCAAUUGAAGAAAGUGUGGAAGAUGAUGUCUUUCAUCCCCCAUCAGUCAAAUCAACUAAAGUUUAGUAGUGAUCUUGCUGAGCGGAAUUUCAGUGAGCUACUACAAGUGUGGCAGACACAGAAAACUUGCCAAACCACAUAAGGUUAAUUUUUGAUUUUUUAAAAUACAUAUGUACAUUUGGCCACACACACAUAUGCCAGAAAAAAAGACUGUGAGUGAACUCCUUAACCAUAUUACCUGAAAAAUAAAUAAUGCUGGUUUUAGUGGGACUUGAAGCCCCAUUCUGGACUGGAGGAGAAGAAUGCCCCGUUUGAAGCAAUAGUGUAGAAAGGUCUUUGCUUGUAAUGGAACCGUCUGCACAGGAAUGGCUUCUCUUUUGAAGUGAAUGGGAAAGUCCUCACAGCUUCGGUGGAUUCUUGGACUGGAGCAAAUGUGCCUGGAAAUGGCGUUUUAAACAAGGUGUCAAACUUUGGUUUUCAGUUUAUGUUCCAACAAAUCAAAUUGAUUCAUUUGCAAAGCUUUGCCAUUAAAAACUUUUUUUUGUUUUUUGUUUGGCUUUUAAGCCAAUCAAUGCAGUACUGAUACACAGAUAAGCUUGACACCUGAGCCUUCUUUUACCUCAGAUUUGUGGGACUUGGAAGCGCAGGAAUCAGCUGUUGCUGCUGCACUUGCAAAGGUACAGGCUCCUUCCCCCACCUAGGCCACCUGUUGGGUCAGUAGGGGGAAAGCAGUCAUCUGGGCUGAGGCCACUCCCAUCUUUGCCAGCCCUGCCUAAUAAUAUUAAGACUGAGCACAGUCAAAGCUGAAAUAUGUAAUCAAUCUAUUGUGUUGUGUGUCACAAUCACACUGUAUGUCUAUUUGUAGGAAGGAUACAGGAGUUGCUCCCAUUUUGUGCUGAUGUGCAGGUUUGGCACUCGGACAUUUUGGGUCCUGAACGCUGCAAACCUGGAAGUGAGUGUUCUGGUUUGCGAACGCUCUUUGGAAUCCAAAACUCAGACAGGGCUUCCACAGCUUCCAGUUGGCUGCAGGAGCUUUCUGCAGCAAAUCAGAAGCCACGCUUUGGAAGUCAAAUGGACUUCUGGAACAGAUUCUGUUGACUUCCAAAGUAUGACUGUAUUCUUAGUCAUGGCACACUCUUUGUGAACUGGUACAAAUAAUAUUGCAGUCAUCAAGAUAACUUAAUUGUAACCACAUUUUUCCCUUUCAGCCAUGUGUAAUGUUUAUGAAUGGUUCUAUAAUGUGAUGUCUAUUAUAACUGGACACAAGACCUAAAGUAUUAGCAAUUCAAAAUACUAUUGCAACGAAAUUGAUUUGCGGUGUACUUUUGGGUAAAUGCACCAGCAUUUCAUGUGGUAGGGCAGAGUCACAGUGCUUUAAUUAGUCUCACAUCAUUAAAAUGAGUGGGUGUUUGCCAUUGACCUCAGUGGGAUGUUGGCCAGUGGUGGGGAAUCUGUUCCCCUGCAGAUUGUUGUUGAACAACAAUUCCCCAUUAUAUAACACAUUCACCCACACUAAGGCAAAUUGGUUCUCCAAUAUCUGGAGGCCCACAAAGUUUUCUAUCACUCCUGUAGGUUGUACUUCAUUAUGUGCAUCAAUGUUUGAUAUGUGCUUACAUUACACUCCUUUUCUAAGAAUAGAAUACAUCCAAUCCUGCUUUUUCAUUGGGCUUUCCAUAAACAUAGAAUUAUUGGCAGUCAUGGUAAAUUGUAAUCUGUGGCAUAAACGCUGAUGGAGAGAAUAACACAGUGCCUUUUUUAAAAUUUCGAUUCCAGCUGCAUCGGAUAUAUAUUUAUGGUAAUAGAGAGAUUUCUUCAUCCCAAAUUAAACACUUCCAUAGAUUAAAACUGGAAAAUUUAAGGAUUUGCUUAACUACCAAUGAAAUAAUGGAAGUAUAUAAUUUUAGCUCAUUUGUUGAAUGUCAUCUCUGUGGUUUUUCUAAGUUGGCUGUUGCAAACAUUUGUUAAUUGCAAGCAUCAUAAUGAAAAGGCUACAAGAGUGGGAUGUCAUUAGCAGAAGUCGCUGGAAAGAGAACCUUGUUUAAAUAGCAAAGAACUCUUACAUGGGAGGGGAGAAGUAGUUGUCAUGGUGGGCAAACCACAGUCCUGCUGGACUUCUGCCAGCAGGAAAAGAGGGAGUCCUCUUCCCCCCCCCCUUUGCUGGCAUGUUGUUUUUUAAAAAUCCAUACCCAUUAGUCCCAGUAGGAAGAAAAUAACCAUACUAGCCCUAGGCAGGGCUGGCAAACUUUCAGCUCUAUUUCAGAAAUGGAUCCAGAAAACAGCAGCGUUUUGCAUCCAGCAGAUCCCAAACUACCUCCAAUCCUCCCUCAUAACUUUUUUUUUUGUUUUUUGCCUUUAGCUAUUGGAACACAGGCAAUGAUUGAAUAAGAUUCCUUGGUCCCAGGGACCACCCACCCAGGGACUAUAGGACUGCACCAUACAGAUAUUUACUAGACUAUAUAUACCUUAUGUAACUGAAGAUUUUGAGGGCUAGGAAGUGCAGCAUUGAGAUCUCUUCUCCAGUUUUUCAAAUAACCCCAUGGUUACCAGGAGCUGGCUUAAGGAUCUGGCUUAUUCACAUUUGUAGGUGUUUCCCUUUAUGUAAAGUAGUUAGAAUUGCACCUUUGCUGGAUUGAUCCUUCAGAGAAAUACUGCUUUCCAGUAUGGUUGCUAUUGAUGUUUUAAAAAAUGAAUGUGACUGGACUAGACUAUACAUGUUUAUAGUGUGAUGCAGCUAUAAUUCACUGCUAUAUUGACUCUGCACAUAAGCCACAAUGUUACUAACUGGAAUAAAGCUUUUUGAAAAGUGUAUAUAUGAGAGAGAUUUAAUUUUUCUGUACAAUAAAACAAUAAAUACAUAUUACAUA